CUCUUCGAUCUCCUUUAGUAUCCCGAGAACCGUUUUCCCAUAGAGAACGACAUCACUUCGUUGCUCUGUGAAAGACGCUCAUCGAUCCCACGCACGACAAACUACAUCGUCAAUCCACAGCUUUAAAUACUUCUCAAUAUGCGCGAAUGUAUCUCAAUUCACGUUGGGCAAGCCGGAGUCCAGAUCGGAAAUGCCUGUUGGGAACUGUAUUGCUUGGAACAUGGAAUUCAGCCUGAUGGCCGUAUGCCCUCAGAUAAAACCAUUGGUGGAAACGAUGACUCGUUCAACACUUUCUUCUCUGAAUGCGGUUCGGGCAAGCACGUCCCGAGAGCAAUCUUUGUCGAUUUAGAACCGACUGUGGUUGACGAAGUUCGCACUGGCACUUACCGCCAACUUUUCCAUCCGGAACAGUUGAUUACUGGAAAAGAAGAUGCCGCCAACAAUUACGCUCGAGGCCACUACACCAUUGGAAAGGAAAUUGUUGAUUUGGUGCUUGAUCGAGUGCGCAAACUGUCCGAUCAAUGCAGCGGUCUCCAAGGAUUUCUUAUCUUUCAUUCAUUUGGUGGAGGCACUGGCUCCGGAUUUACUUCACUUUUAAUGGAGCGACUUUCUGUCGAUUUCGGCAAGAAGUCAAAAUUGGAAUUUGCCAUUUAUCCAGCACCUCAAGUCUCCACUGCCGUCGUCGAGCCAUACAAUUCGAUCUUAACUACUCACACUACUCUGGAACAUUCAGACUGCGCAUUUAUGGUCGACAACGAGGCCACUUACGAUAUCUGCCGUCGAAACUUGGAUAUCGAACGACCCAGCUACACCAACUUGAACCGAUUAAUUGGGCAGAUUGUCUCGUCCAUCACGGCAUCUCUUCGUUUCGAUGGAGCCCUUAACGUCGAUCUUACAGAAUUCCAGACCAAUUUGGUCCCAUAUCCUCGUAUCCACUUCCCGCUUGUUACCUAUGCACCGGUCAUUUCCGCAGAAAAAGCUUAUCAUGAGCAAUUGACUGUCGGAGAGAUUACUAGCUCCUGCUUCGAGCCGGCCAACCAGAUGGUCAAAUGUGAUCCCCGUCAUGGCAAAUACAUGGCGUGUUGCAUGUUGUACCGCGGAGAUGUCGUACCCAAGGACGUUAAUGCCGCUAUUGCCACCAUCAAGACUAAGCGUUCCAUUCAGUUCGUUGAUUGGUGCCCAACUGGUUUCAAGGUCGGUAUCAAUUACCAGCCCCCAACUGUCGUUCCUGGUGGUGAUUUGGCCAAGGUUUCCCGUGCCGUUUGCAUGUUGUCCAACACGACUGCCAUCGCCGAGGCCUGGGCUCGUUUGGAUCACAAGUUUGAUCUGAUGUAUGCCAAGCGUGCGUUCGUCCAUUGGUACGUCGGUGAGGGUAUGGAGGAGGGAGAGUUCUCUGAGGCUCGUGAAGAUUUGGCCGCUCUCGAAAAAGAUUACGAGGAGGUGGGAUUGGAUUCUGUUGAAGGCGAGGGCGAAGGCAACGACGAAUAUUAAACCAAUUUAUUACCUAAGGAAACAUGGUUCCUUUUAACCUAGCUUCAGGUGUCUGAUUAGUAUUUUUCGUGUCUCCAUAUCUUCUUUUUAAAGCCUUUCGAGCAAAUAUGAAAAUUCUGGUGUUGCA